AUGCUUGGAUUUUUAAAGGAAAUUAAUUGUUGUCAACUAGCCCUAUUCCUUGCUCUAGCAAAUAUAAUUGAAGUCCUCUAUUACCUUCACUAUUCCAUGCAACUAGACAUGAAUAUAGGAUCAUAUCAAGCUCGAAUAGAAUUGAAGAUUAAUGAUUUACAAAAAGAAAUUGCUCGAUUAGGUUCCCAAAAUAAGAUGGCAGAAAUGGUCAUGUCAUUACAUUCUAAUAAUAAACAUGACAAUCAUAAUCCGUGCUCUUGUCAAUUCGCUAAAUCAGAAAAUUAA